GGCCGGCUUCGGGCGGAAGUCGGGAGGUUGGGUGGCUUUAAGACGCUGGCUUGUGACAGGGAAGGGGAGAAGGAAGGCCGCCCUAGAGGGAAGGUUGCCUCUCCGUGCCGUCGCUCCCGGGGACCCUCGGACAAAACCUGACACCUCGGCCCCGCGGCCAGCUCCUUCCCUCAGGCCCUCGCCGCUCGAUCUCGUCACCGUUAUGUGGGAAGCGAAUCCGGAGAUGUUUCACAAAGCAGAAGAAUUCUUAUCCAAAACAACAGAGAGUGAAAUAGAUGACAUGGACACAUCAGACACCCAGUGGGGCUGGUUCUACUUGGCAGAAUGUGGGAAGUGGCACAUGUUUCAGCCGGAUACCAACAUUCAGUGUUCAGUUAGCAGUGAAGAUAUCGAAAAAAGCUUCAAAACAAACCCUUGUGGCUCCAUUUCUUUUACUACUUCCAAAUUCAGCUACAAGAUAGACUUUGCAGAAAUGAAGCAAAUGAAUCUCACCACUGGAAAGCAACGCUUAAUAAAAAGAGCCCCCUUUUCUAUCAGUGCUUUCAGUUAUAUCUGUGAAAAUGAGGCUAUCCCUAUGCCACCACACUGGGAGAAUGUGAAUUCUGAAGUACCUUAUCAGCUCAUUCCUCUGCAAAAUCAAACACAUGAAUAUAAUGAAGUUGCUAGUCUCUUUGGGAAAACAAUGGAUCGCAACCGAAUUAAAAGAAUUCAGAGAAUUCAAAACCUAGACUUGUGGGAGUUCUUCUGCAGGAAAAAGGCUCAACUCAAGAAAAAAAGAGGUGUGCCUCAGAUUAAUGAACAAAUGCUAUUUCAUGGUACCAGCAAUGAAUUUGUGGAAGCAAUUUGCAUUCAUAACUUUGAUUGGAGAAUAAAUGGUAUACAUGGUGCUGUCUUUGGAAAAGGAACCUAUUUUGCUAGAGAUGCUGCUUACUCCAGUCGCUUCUGCAAAGAUGACAUAAAGCAUGGAAACACAUUCCAAAUUCAUGGUGUCAGCUUGCAACAGCGGCAUCUAUGUAGAACAUAUAAAUCUAUGUUUCUUGCUCGAGUGCUAAUUGGAGAUUACAUAAACGGAGACUCCAAAUACAUGCGACCUCCUUCCAAAGACGGGAGCUAUGUGAAUUUAUAUGACAGCUGUGUGGAUGAUACCUGGAAUCCAAAGAUCUUUGUGGUGUUUGAUGCCAACCAAAUCUACCCUGAGUAUUUGAUAGACUUUCAUUGAUUUUACUUCCAAAUCUCAGUGGUCAAGGAAGUUUUAUUCUUUCUUGCAGGAAGAUUUGCUCUCCCAUCAUCUAGCUACUAUGUUAAUUAUCUGAUACUGUUGAAACAUAAGAAAGAAAAAAUGGCCUCCAUAAAAAGACAUACUGACUUUAAGGUUGGUUUUUCAUUGUUUUGUUUUUGCCCUUUUCUCAUAGUCUUGUUUGUUAAAAAUUGAUGCCAUUGCCAUUUUAUCACGUCGGGGUGAAAGAUAUCAUUCAAAAUGGAAUCAGCUGAGUCUCAACUAAUGCGGUCAUUCAGAAUUGUUAAAGUUUACAUGUGUGUUUUCAGGAUAAAUGAUUUUAGUUCAAAUAGAUUUAUUAAUAUAUAUGUUCAAAAAUGGAAAUAUAGACAUAAUGUGUCCUUUUAGAGGAAUUGGUCCUUUAUAAAUUAGAUUCUGGUAGUAUUAUCUACUAGUCAACAUGUUGCUUUGGUGGUCUUCUCAGGGGAAUAUUUAAAACCCUGAAAUAGUCUGAGCACUUUGAGAGAAAUCACAAACAAGAAUUAUUUCAGUGCUGUCAAAUAAGCCAGAAGGAAAAAAACCUAGGUAGAGUGCCCUGCUUCCAGUUGCCUUGGGAUAGCAGGCAGCAGCCUCAGACUUGCUCUUGUCAUUCUCUGUCCCCUGAAUCUGAAUUGACAGUUGCGUCGGACCGUAAUUAGCCUACAUUUUAUCCACCAGGGCUCUUGAAUUCUUACACAAAGACUUGCUGUGCAAGGUGUUUAUUGCAUCUUCAAAGUGAAACUUUUAUUUUAUUAUUCAAAACAUUUAUUUUUGCUUUGUUUUGCAAUCCCUACAAUGAUCACUUCUAAAUUGUUUUUACUUGCUCCCCUACAACACACACAGCUAUUCAACAAUGAUUUCUAAAAUUCACAUUGCAAAGUUGUAUCACUCCAUUUUGAAUCAUUACAGAAAGCAUGCAAUGCUUGGGACAAAUCUGAAUUAUGCUUUGGAGUCGCUAUUGAUAAUCUACUAACUGUCUUAAAAAGUUAUAUAUUAUUUGUAAUCAUGUUUAAUGGAAGUUUAUUUACCUGUUCAAUCUGUUUUGCUAUUCUAAGGAAGAAUAAAUAGUAUUGGAACAGCUUCCUGCCCCAAAGGUAUUGUAGUAGAGGCAAGACAACAACUUGGCAGGCAUGUUGUACAGGAGUUCAAAUACCAGAUGGGGAGUUGCCCAUGGGAUUGUUAAGAUGUGCAUUGAUUUCCAGCAUUGAUUUUUCCAUGAUUCUACCUGCGAAAGAGAGCAUGUGUACCAAGCCUUUCCAGAAAACCUUUUUCUAACUCUUUCUAAUACUGAAUUCUCUCCCUAUUAUCUUCACCCAAUUUUGGCUGAGAGUUAGUGAACACAAUUUAACUUCUCAAAAAAAAUUCCAGUAACUGUCCAUGCCUAUAUUGUUCACUUAAGUAAUUUGAAUUGGGAAGGCAUCUAGAAAUAGGCAAAAGUAGAGUAUAGAAUAGGAUUAGGGAUGAUAAUUCUUCAAGUGCCAUAAAUCCUCAGAUUUCCAUUAUAGCCUAGCAUAUUUGUAAUUGGGCAGUGCAAAGUAAGAAAGAGCACAUUUUAAAAACAUGCAGAGAUCAUCAUGGAAAUAAUUGGAGUCAGUGUCACUAGGCUGCCUUGCGAGAGGUGGCACACUAUGGCUCUAGAAACAAUGUCAGAGACAUUAGGAAUUCAGAUUUUGAAAAUCUUUUUAUUGUUUGUUAUUGCCAUACAAAAUAUGUUAAAAUAGUUCCCCCUUCAAAAUGACUUUUUUUCCAAUUUAACAUGCAUACCUCUCUCAGCACUUGAAUAACUAUUAUAGCAUUUGGGAGUUAUUGUUCUUUUUUUUUAGAUAUGUGCAGAUCUUAUCUCAAGGCAAUCUCUGAACUCACCUAGUUGGUUUAUAUGAAAUAUGUAGAGUGUGGUGCAGUAGUCAAUGAAGAAAGCACUGUACUGUUAUUAUUUUGUCUGAGCAUGUACUGCCAACUCCCCUUUUAUAAGAAAGAACUGAUUUUAAUACAUGUUUUAAAAUAUGAUAGUGUAGAGUUAGUGGAUGUUAAGAUUUUAUUUCUUUGUUUUGGUCAGUGGAUUCAUUGGAGAACCAUGUGGUCAGUAUAGGAUAGACUGGCCGCACCGUUUGCUGUCUUCUCCUGCUGUCAUCACAUGGUGUGGGUGGGAGAAUGAACAGGAAUCACUCCAGAACAAUGAUAAAUGGUUUUUCAAACUCUGUAUUGAAUAAAUUCCAGCUGAUAGUGACUUGUCUUUUUCACUUUGAUGAUACCACACACAGGGUAAAAAAAAAAAUGUGCUUAUAAAAAACAGUUCAUAAAUACUUCAGUUAUGAACAGGAAGGUUUUGAUCAUUUCAUUUCUAUACUGUUGAUGAUGAUGAUAAAGAAUUUGGAGCCAUUUUUGAUAUAUGAACGUAUUGUUUUUACAUGUGGUGAUUAAAACUUUCUGUAGCAGUUCUUGGUUGUCUGUGUAUCCCAUAAAUUUGCUUUUAUGUUU